CGGAGACAGAACGCUGCUGUUGGUGACACGUUGCAGCCCUGGUCCAGCACAUAACCUCCUGUGAAACUAUCUUCUCAUGGUGUAGGUCGACACGCGGUGUAGUCAAAGUGCAAAGUCUGAUUGCUGAAGGAACGAUUUCUUGCUGAAGCAGCUGUUUAUAUUUUCCUCAGCAGAUCAGAACGUUCCUUUAACAUUGAAGGUUAAUCUGGAACCUGAUUUCCUCUCUUCUACCGGCUCAGUGAGCAGACAUGGAUCAUCAGCUGCUGCUCGAAACUCUGGAAGACUUGCGCAGCAAUGACUUUAAAAAGUUUAACUGGUACCUCACUAUAAACAUGUUGGACGGCUGCAAACCAAUUCCCACGUCCCGUCUGGAGAGCCAAGACCGGACGGACACUGUGACAGAGAUGAUAAAGAGCUACGGUGGAGACAUGGCUGUGAACGUCACUGUUGAGAUUCUGAAGAAGAUGAUGAACAACCAGGAUGCCGAGAAUUUAAAGAUCAGACGCGCAGAGGGAAAAGCAGCUGCAGCCUCCUCCACCUCCUCUGCUGCUGCAGCACCUCCUGCUGCAGCUGCAGCCUCCUCCAUGUCCUCUGCUGCUGCAGCACCUCCUGCUGCAGCUGCAGCCUCCUCCAUGUCCUCUGCUGCUGCUGCACCUCCUGCUGCUGCUGCCACAAUGUCGGCUCAACAUGGAAGCGUGAUCAUUGCCCCGACAGUCGGUGGCACCUUUCAGAAUUUGAACAUAACCAUCAGUAAAUGACCUGAGAUAAGGGAAUACACAUUAUAUUUGUUGUAUAAUUGGUGUGAUUGACAUCUGCUGUAAUUAAAUACAAUUACACGUUCCCUGUAAAAUGGAAACUUCAGCACGUUGUAAUUUACUUUAAGUCUCCAUAUUUAGCAUUUAAUACACGCUUUAUAAAACACUAUAAUGUAGUCGUGAGCAGAUAUAAGGACAUGUUUACCUUUUGUUAAUGUACGGUAUUUGUUGUAACUUCUCCUAUGAAGACACAUUUUACUGUGUGUCAGCUGGUGUUUUCAGAACACCAGCCAACACUUAUGGAGUUAUAGUUAUUGACACACACAGUAUUAAACACUGCUUACAUAACUACAUUAAGGUGUGUUAUAAAGCAUUCAUUCAAUGUUUACAUAAUGCUCAUAAAUACAGGGACUUACAGUAAAGAGUUCAAAUAAUUGUGAGGACAUAGAAUCGCUUCAUCUUUUAUAUCAUUCCUUUCAAAGUGUUUUGUUUUGACCUUUUACAUCUGAUGCAGUUUUUAAGUGUCACAGAGCAACACCAGAUCUGACAGAAUAUACAUGUAGGACCAAGUAUCCAUUUAAAGAAAGGCUCUUUCUUAAUAAACAACAACAACAACAACAA